CUAUAUAUAAAGUCUUUUCUCCCUUACAUCAAAACACUUGUUCUAGAACAAGGACUCCAGGGGAUCAAAUUGAAAGCUUGUCAUCAAAAUGAGGAAACCUGAAAACCCAGGGAAGAACAACCGUAGUAACAGCAAUAACACCACCAAGCUCAGGAAAGGUUUGUGGUCACCCGAAGAAGAUGACAAGCUCAUGAACUACAUGCUCAGCAAUGGGCAGGGCUGCUGGAGCGACGUUGCCAGGAAUGCUGGCUUGCAGAGGUGUGGCAAGAGCUGUCGUCUUCGAUGGAUUAAUUACCUGAGGCCUGAUCUCAAGCGUGGCGCUUUCUCUCCCCAGGAAGAAGAGCUCAUCAUCCAUUUGCAUAGCCUCCUCGGCAACAGGUGGUCUCAGAUAGCUGCACGGUUGCCGGGACGAACUGAUAACGAAAUAAAGAACUUCUGGAACUCCACAAUAAAGAAAAGGCUGAAGAACUCAUCGUCCACAUCGUCACCAAACAACAGUGAUUCAUCAGAGCCAAGAGUAGAUGUCAUGGGAGGGCUCAUUUCCAUGACUGAACAUGACAUCAUGGCCAUGUGCAUGGACUCGAGCUCUUCGUCGUCGUCGUCACCCAUGCAAGCGAUGACCAUGAGCAACCUGCAGUUUGAGACAUUGCCUCCGCUCCACAACUGCAGCUACGACAAUAUUUCUGCAACAGCAGGAUACUUCAAUGUAUCCCAGUGCUUAACACAAGCUGGUGGUGGGGUGGGAGAUGGGUUCUAUGGGGUUCAUGGGAUGCUAGGAAGUAGUGACAUUAAUGGGUUAGGAGGAGAGCUCUUUGUUCCUUCAUUGGAGAGUAUAAUCCUUGAAAAGAAUACUGCAACUGAUCAUAGCAUUCACAUUCAUAAGAUCCCCAGGAAUUCCAUUAACGACCAUGUUAAUAAUUUUAGCACCAUCAAUAACUUCAACAAUGACAACACCCACAAAAGCAAUAACAAAGUAGAGGGAGUGAUGGGUGUUGGGAGUACUCACUGCUGGGAAGGAGAAAACUUCAGAAUGGGGGAAUGGGAUUUGGGGAAUCUGAUUGAAGAUGCCCCUUCUUUUCCUUUUCUUGAUUUCCAAGUUGAAUAAUUGGUGACCCUUCAACCCCUUUCUCUCUUUCUUUCUUUCUUUUUUUUUUUAUCCCUUUUCUUCCUUUCAAUAUAGAAAAUAUAUACAGUUUAAACGUAGAAACCCCUUAGUUUGCUUUCCAUAAAUCUGCCUGAAACCCAUGCAAUAGGAAAUCUGGAGGAGGAAAUAUUACAGAACUACUGUAAAUAAUCCUCUGCAGAUUUUCAAGGUGUAUGUUUUCUAGGUCUAGCUCCCAGUUUCUCUACAUCAAUUCAACAAUGUUGGCAUGAACAUGGUGUGGGAAGGGCUUGCAAUAAAGGUCACACGUACACAAUAUGUAUUUUGGUGACCACAAAAUUCUUGUAAGUAAAAUGUAGCCUUUUUUCCCCGGGUAAGGGCAUUUUGAUCAUUUUGUCAGCAGGGGUUUGGUGCAAUUAAUAAUCAUCAUACUUGUGAAGAGAAAUGUGAAUAGACUUAUUCAGCAUAGAAAUUAGGUGGUAAAUUGUUUCUAUUAUGAGCUGUACAAAAGGAACUAUCUGGAGAUGGACCGAAGCUGUUAUUAGUGGGAGAUAUGUAAGUUGUACCACAGAUUAAUUAAU